AUGGACUCGAAGGGGCUGCCCGCUGCUGUCCAGCGCUUUGCUCAUGCCAGCGACCACGCCCACCUCGACCACCUCGCCCCCUCGUCCUCGUCCUCGUCGUUCCCCUCCGGCUCCACCAGCUUCCGACCCGACGCUUCGCCCUCCGCCGCGCGCGCAGAGAAUGACUUUGCGGCAUUCACGGGAGGAGUGAACGGGCUCGCUGGGCUCGAAAGGAGCUGGAAGGACGAGCGGCGACAGACGGCGACUCGGAAUGCCUCACACGACGGCUUCGAGAUCACCGCACUCCUGGGCGGGAACGAAUUCGUGGCGGACGCAGUAGAUGGAGAUUGGGAGCGCGAGUUGAAGGAGGAACAGGCGAGACCGUGUCGAGUCGAGAUGGAGACGACGAUGCCUUCCGACCCAUUCGCCUCGUCCGCCAUCCUCGCCAACCGAUCCACCCGCCUCGACGCACUCGAAGGGAAGGGGAAAGGCAAAGCUCGCGCAGGCGACAUGUCCCCGACCUCGGCAGACCUCCUCUCGUCCCUCUCCUCCCUCGACCUCGCAGACAAAGCCUACCUCCGCUCGCUCCUCUCCCUCUCCCCCGACGAAGCCUUCCAGGAUUAUCUCGCGAGGAGCUCGUAUGCGGAUGAUGUGUACGGGCUGCCGCCGGGUGUCAAGAGGUUGUUCGAGAAGGCGGCGAGGGAGGAGGAGGGCGUGCAGGGCGAGGAGGGGCGGACGAAGGCGCUGAGAAGGCUGGACAUGGUCUUGCAGCACUUGAGGGCGUCAGAAAGUGGUGCAGGUGGGGAGACGGCGGCUAUCGUCGGCCUUUCGACCCAGCGACAACCGCAAACGGUCCCCUCGCAUUCCCCGUUCACCAACUCGGCCUCUUCCGCACAUCCCCCUUUUGCCUCGCCUACACUCGCACAACAGCCCGCCCACCAAUCCUCCUCACCCCGCCCGAGUCCACCCCGACCCGCGCACUCGCACUACUCCGUCCCUUCCUCCCUCUCCGAAUCAGCUUUCAUCACAAUCGCAGGCUCCCAGCCUCGGCACACUACACGACUUGUGGGAAUGGCGAGUCGAGCGGCGGGAGGAGGACAGGGAGGCGAGGUGAAUGGGGUUGCAGGAUCAGGUCAAGGGGAGGGCCGGAUGGCGCUCGACGUGCGGGAAGGGCGGACGCAUUGA